AUGCGAUGCCAGAGUGCCUUUCUGCUGGUAGUUGUCCUGAUCCGAUGUGCUUUCAGCCUGGAAGCCCCGUCGAAUUUGGUGGUUGUCGGAGGCUUUCCAAAAUGUGGCACUUCACACAUCCACCGCGUUCUGGAAGCGCAUCCGAACAUUGCUUCCUUGGCAAAGCAAAUCGGCGCGCUGCCCAACCUGCAAAAGGAAUUUGAGGAAUCAAUCUUCGUUCUGGCACAGUCGCUGCAAGUUCCAUCUGGUCUUCCCUUGGCACAUGCUUGCAACCAGUUUAGCCACGAACUGCGCACCUUCAAAGAGUGUGGUCGUCUGGCGAGCAUGAUCAGGGGCUGGUACAAUACGUCCAUGCCGGCGACACUGGUCGUCACAGACAUCUUCUUCUUUGAGAAGGAGAUGCUGGCAGCCCGUUGGCCGGGUCAAGUGAAGUUGGUCUUCGUGGUGCGCGAGCCAGCAGAUUUUCUGUGGGCCGCUUACAACUUCUGGGUGUUGGCAGGGGAGCCGAAAAGCAUCUACGAUGAUUGGACGGAGCACGGGAAACAUGUCCGUAGCCCUGAGCAUUUCGACGAGCUGGUAUUGGCAGACGGCAAGAAUGAGGCUUGGGCGCCCAGGGCCAACAAGAUUACUGGACGGUGGUUUGACCAGAUCAAGUUUGUGAAGGAUGUCGCCACAAACCUCCUGUUCUUGAAGUCUGAG